AUGGCGGUUGCUGAGAAUGCACCAAAUUUCGACAACACAGCAGUAUCAUCAGACUCAAAUGCACAGAACGAUCUUGCAAACCCAAAACCCAGAGUUGAUUCCUCUGUCGUGUUGAGUGCGGAACCCAAUUUACAGUCAAACGGAGACGAUCAGAAUCCGCAGGACAAGUUUCAGAACCAGGAGAAAGUAACAACUUUGUCAGUCCCCACAAGCAAUCACAAGCCUCAUAUGGGUCAGAUGCAAAAUGGGUUUGACACCAAUGGGGUCGAUAACCAUCAGAUGGUGGCGGUCAAGUCUGGCGGGUAUGGAAUUGAUCAGAGGUCUAAUGGGGUGAGAAAUGGAGGGGAUGGGGAUGAGAGUUUCAAACGUGAUAUGAGAGAUUUGGAGGAGUUGUUGUCCAAGUUGAAUCCCAUGGCUAAGGAGUUUGUGCCUCCCUCACUUGUCAACAAUCAUGGGUUCAGUCUUGCUGGUGGGUUUGGCUAUGCUAACAAUUUUCUAGUACAAACUAAUUCUGACAACGCCAAUGGACUUAUUGGUAGAAGGAAGAAGAAUGGCUAUAGUCAAGGUCGGCGAAGGAACUAUUACAAAAUGAGUUUGGCACAGAGAGAGGAGAUGAUCAGGAGGACUGUGUAUGUAUCUGACAUUGAUCAACAGGUUACUGAAGAAAACCUGGCUGCUCUCUUUCUUAGUUGCGGACAGGUUGUAGACUGUCGUGUAUGCGGUGAUCCAAAUUCCAUUCUUCGAUUUGCCUUUGUUGAGUUUACAGAUGAAGAAGGUGCAAGGGUUGCCCUGAGUCUGUCAGGAACCAUGCUUGGCUAUUACCCAGUGAGAGUCCUGCCUUCGAAAACUGCAAUUGCACCUGUUAAUCCAACAUUUUUGCCAAGGUCUGAUGAUGAGCGUGAGAUGUGCUCAAGAACUAUUUAUUGUACAAAUAUUGACAAGAAGGUCACUCAAGCAGAUGUCAAACUGUUUUUUGAAUCACUUUGUGGAGAGGUUCAACGCCUGAGGCUACUUGGAGAUUAUCAUCACUCCACUCGUAUUGCGUUUGUUGAAUUUACUGUGGCUGAAAGUGCAAUUGCAGCUCUUAACUGUAGUGGUGUCGUUUUGGGAUCACUGCCGAUAAGGGUAAGCCCUUCAAAGACACCUGUUCGGCCCCGUGCUCCUCGCUCUCCAUUGCAGUAA